GCCUGUGGGCGAGGAAGGCCUCUCCCCAGCUGUGCCUGAGCCACCACACUCGGGCCCCUGCUGUCCCCUCAGCCGCUCACAGAUGGACACGCUCGCCACCCAGGGUCCCAUCACGAUGGAUUGGUUGAGGGACAAUUUCUGGGCCAUCCUAGCUGUGGCCAUCUUCAUUGUGUCUGUGAGCCUGGCCCUCAUCCUGUACUGUGCCUGUAGACAGCUGUUUAGACAAGGCAAGAGGUGGGACGUUGCCAAGCCCUUGGGAAGAGGGCAAAGUGAGGAAGAGAAAACGUAUGAGAAUGUUCUUAAUGAAUCACCAGUUCAGUUACCCCCUCUGCCGCCCAGGGGUUUGCUCUUCCCAGAACACACCCUCCCACAGGACACCCCGAGCCAGCCGCCGGCCACAUACUCGCUGGUCAAUAAGGUCAGAAACAAGACCCUCUCCAUCCCGAGCUACAUCGAGCCUCUAGAUGAUUAUGAUGAUGUCGAAAUCCCCGCAAAUAUGGAGAAGCGUCACUUCUGAAACACCCGUUUCUCCUUUCCGGCGAGCUGAGGAGGGUUCACGCGGAGGAUUGUACGCCAGUCGAGAACGGAAGCCCCUCGGUAACGGGAUCCUCAGAGCCAGCGGUAAUGUGGCGCAGCUGUGUAAAAUAAACAUUUCCUGAGGCUUCGACGGAGAGGCAUCAGCGGCCACAUGACCUCCCAGAGGAAAGGGGCCGCAGCUCUGCCCUGGAGACCCGGAGCGGUCAGGCCUCCAGCUACUGUUGAGGGGUGCCCCUGGGGUUCCGUGGCUCCCACUCGUGACAAAGCACCCCGUUCUUGACCCCCCCCACCCGCCUCCCCUUCUCUUGCUCGGUUCUAAGCGAUUCCAGCUCUUGGUGUUGGACUCUGCAGAACACCCAGGCUCUCAUCCCUGGCUGGGCCCCACGGGCCCACCCAGCUGCCACACCCAGGGCCGUGGGUGGGAGAUCCGACCGAGUGCUCCGGCUGAGUGCUCCCGUGUGCAGGUUACUACAUCACACCCGGCAGGCUCUUCAAGGGUGAGUGGUGCUUUCUGUUCUUGAGAACUGUCCCCACCUACACACACCCCACACCCCAGCACCCCCCUCCCCCCCCCCCCGUGAUGUGGGCCGGGCGGACCGCGGAGGUUCAGAUGCUCACCCAGAUUUGUGCUUCCCGGUAACGUGUCACGGUCCACAAAGUCACAUGCGGCCUUCUGGACCCAAGUGCGUAAGUUACACGUAGUGGUAUCGUUUUGCAGUAUGUGUGAAUGCGGAGCGGGGGCGGGGGGAAUCACAGGGAACGGGAAACAGAGGGACAAUUAAAUGGCAGAUUCAAGAUGAUGGUUGGAGGGCUUCAUGCCCCCCCAUUUUACGCUCAUGACUGCUUCCUCCCCUGUGUACAUUCCCUGCAUAUGGCCCCGAGAUCACCGUCCCCAGAACCCCUCAGUGUUGCGGCGCUGCUGACGAGAGGCAGGGUAGAGGACCACGGUCCUGUUCAACAAGUGCCCUGGUCCCCAGGGCCCAAGUCAGCUUGGAGGCUCCGGAAACUGGCGCUGAUCUGCCGGAGCCCCAGGACUGGAAGCUUCCUAAGCAGACUGGAGAUGCUGGUUUCCCAGCAACCCCUGGGAAACCCGGCAACGAGCAGACUCGCAGGGAGAGCGCCGUGAACCACAGAAAGGCCCGGAGUGACCCUGGGACCGAGCUCCUUUGCAAGAGAUGGACGGCGGGCACCUGGUGCGCUCAAGCUUACCGCCUCAACCGCUGCUGGACCAGCGGGGACAUGUGCUUCCUCCGGGCUCCGUCUUUCUGGAUUCCACGGGGACGUCCAGCUUCCUGUGUUACCACCACCUUAUAGUAGGCCGGGGGUUCCCUAACUGCGGCCGUGUGGAACUCUGGGACUCCGUGAGCCAGAGAGGACUCUUUCCUCCAAGUUCUAGGGGGGAAAAAAAAGCCCACGCACAGAAGUGUUUCACUUGUGUGGCUUCCUCUUCCAAAUUUUCUGAAAACCACCCACAUCUAUGACGAGAGUUAAAAGCAGAUACUAGACAUGUCUUCCUCAGGCCCUUCCCGUCCCGGGAUGCCUGAGGCUCAGCGUCCCUCUAUUCUGACAGCUUCCAGAUGCCAGGCUCCAGCUGAGCCUUCUCCUCAGUCCCAGGCUGGCUGCCCCCAGGACACCCCCGCAUGACCUCCCGACAGGCCCUCAAGGUCAACACACCCCAGAAGGAACUGAUGGCCCACCUCCCCCCACCACACACCCACCGCUGGCGUCUCACUCUCCGGUCCCCUUUCUGCACAGCUUUCUAAAGGGAACAUCUAACCACUCAUUCUCUUGUUUAAAUCUCUUCUUCACCCAUUGCCCUCAGAAAAACACCAAACUCCUUAACUUGGGUUACGAGAUGUGUCAACUUCCCCUUACAACUUCCACUCCAUCCAAACUUUUGCUCCUCGGGCCAUCUGAAAUGACCUGGUCUGUGGUAACCUUCCCUCUGCCUAGAACAUCUCUCCCCACCUUUUCCCCCUUCCCGUCUCUGCUCAGAGUCUUUCCUCAGCACCCAAAACUUGAGUGUGGUGCCCUCUUUGAGGCUCUCUUCUCACAGCAGGAGCGCCCCGGGAUAACCUGUUUACCUAUCCUUCUCCCCCACCUCAGACGGAGAGCAGCAUGGGGACAGGGACUGGGUCUCUCUUUCCCCCAGGGUUUUCUCUGUUCCUAGCACAGCACCCAGGUGCUUUGUGGAUGCUCGACCUGAGCCAAAGUCAGCUGCUCAACUGAGCCCCCCAGGCGCCCCUUUUCCAUCCUUCUUUCUAAUUUGGGGCUCCUCUGGGGUGGAACUUGCCUGGCUCACGGCUAUACUCCCAAUACCCAGCACAAGCUCUGGCACAUAGUGGGCCCUUACUAAAUGUGUACUGGGCAUCGCACAUUACUAGAAAGCCCACCAGUCGGUUUGACAAAAGCAAGCAGUUUUUCUCUGAGCACGUAGGAUUAGGUUGAGAGUUUAUCCUAGGCAUGGGUAAUAAAGCCAUAUUUUUGCCAGUCUGGUUAAAAAAGAUGUUAGCAUUUUGGAUGAUAGCAUUAAAUACAGUAAGAUUCGACAA